CUCUGACCCUUGCUACAACUACACUGUACUGGAUGAACCGUGGAGAUCCACCAGUAAUAUACUUGGUUCAGUCAUGAAGUGUGACCAGCAUGUCACCUGGAGUGGCUGGUAUCGUCUCUUCAUUAACGGUGUGAGCGCUCACAUCCCAGAGACGUGUAUUACGACCUAUGGCUGUGGCACUUACGCUGCACUGGGGAUACCUGAUGGGCAUCCGAGAAUUGAGGAUGGAGUUGUCACUCGAGAUGCCUGCGCUCUAUGGAAUGAUUUCUGCUGCUUUGUCAGGUCUUUCCCCAUUAAAGUCAAAGCUUGUCCAGGCAAUUAUUAUGUUUACGAGCUGGUUAGUCCAACUGUGUGCUAUUCUGCAUACUGUGCAGGUGAUUAUAUGUACAUGAGCUCUUUCUACAUGUUCAUGAUAUUUGUGUCACUGUUUAAUCACUAUUCAUCUAAACUUUCAGAUGUCAGCACCAUUAACCCCAGCUCUACAGCCGUCACACCAGCGACCAUCUCCACUGUUUAUCCCUCUGUUGACCCCUGCUACAACUACACUGUGUUGGAUGAACCAUGGAGAGCCAACAGCAGUCGCCCAUCAAACUCCUACAAGCUUGAUAAGUCUGUUAGCUGGAGCGGCUGGUAUCGUCUCUUCAUUAACGGUGUGAGCACUCAGAUCGCAGACACGUGUGUUGAAAUCUAUAGCUGUGGUACUGCUAUCCCACUGUGGAUUCGUGGUGGACACCCAACAGUUGAGGCUGGAGUCGUCACUCGAGAUGUCUGCGGUCACUGGGACAAUUACUGCUGCUAUUACGGUUCUUAUUCUAUUAAAGUCAAAGCCUGUCCAGGAAAUUAUCAUGUCUAUGAGCUGGUUAGACCAGCUGUCAAUGAUGCAGUCUACUGUGCAGGUAAUUACAAUUACAUGAGUCUGUGUAUUAUUUAUGCCAUUGUUGAUUGGUAUUUAUCAGUCAUAAUUUUUCACCUGUUACUAACAUCGGUGCCAUUUUUUUAACAGUCAGACCAGAGACGA